CUGGAAUCAAUCCAAAAUUACGUGGCGAAAAAGUGUACCAGCACUGUAUAAAGUGUACAUGCACAACAAUCGCCGCAGUCAUCAUCACUGCACUAACGUUAGUACACAGAGCCCAAGUUCGAAAGACCGUACUUCGUAUAAUCAGAAGCCAUGACAGCUCAGUACAAUAAACUGGAGAAUGGUCAUGACCUAGAGAGUGGAAAGGCAACACCAUUCUUAGAUGACCCAGAUACAGACCAAACAUUUAAUAAGGUACCACAAGCUCAGACCAUUGGACAGGCACGGUAUGGCCAGCAGCCGGAUGACCAUCUUCUCUUCGCUAUCCUCAGCGCUCUAUUCUGCUGUAUCCCGUGUGGAAUUGCAGCCAUCGUCAAGUCUGUUGAUGUUCGUAAUAAAUGGCUAGUUGGUGACGUCGUAGGAGCUACCCAGUCUUCAAGGGCUGCUAAGCGAUAUUCGGUAUGCAGUCUGGUAUGUGGGGUGCUCUUCUUCUUGACUUAUCUUGGUCUCCUUGUGGCUUUCUACAUGUACACCAUGUCUGCUAUGCAGGAGAUAAAUCAACUUGGACAACCCGGUAACAUGGACCAACUCCAGCAGCUGCAGCAGUUACAGAACCAGCAGUAAACUCAGCUUGCCUAGCUUGAUCAGCUUGGACAACCCGGUAACACGGACCAACUUGAGAUGUUGCAACAGUUACAGAACCAGCAGUAAACUCAGCUUGCCUAGCUUAAUCAGCUUGGACAACCCGGUAUCAUGGACCAACUCCAGCUGAUGGACUCGUUGCAACAGUUGCAGAACCAGCAGCAAACCCAGCUUGGCUAGCUUAAACUCGGACAACACGCCCAACAGCCGGCAGGCCUUUAACCUUAUACCUCUUAAUUCAGUAACAUAGACCAACUCGGUCACACAAAACAGACACAACAAACCCAGCUUGGCUAGCUUAAUCUUAGACAACACGCCCAACAAUCUUUAACCCAGGCCUUU